AUCAGUCGCUCAUUUGGUAGCAACCGAAAUAUACCAAAAAAUCAAAAUGAAACUGGUACGUUACCGAUAUUACAUUUGGUUUUAAAUUUAUUAUUCUCCUUAAUUAUAAUUGUCAGUUGAGGUAGUUUAGAACAAUACCUUGUGUUCGCUUAGUUUGUAGUAUAGUUAUGGAUAAUGUGUUAUCGUUUGUGCAGAUUGUAGCUAUCGCCCUUUGCGUGGCCGUCGCCAUGGCAGUGCCCGUCGAGAAGGAGCCACCGAAGAUCCUUCGCAGUGAUUUCGACCAACAACCCGAGGGUGGAUACGUAUUCAGCUUCGAGACCGAAGAUGGUAUCAACCGUAACGAAAAUGGAGAAGUGAAGUCGGUUGUUGAUGAGGAAAACAAGCCUCAUGAGGUCGUCGUUGUACGCGGUUCUUACUCUUACACCAACCCUGAAGGCAAGCAGGAGAGCAUCUCCUACUACGCUGACGAGACUGGAUACCACGCAGAAGGUGAAUCCAUCCCCAAAGCCCCUUAAAUCGUCCUGACUUCUAGACAACAAAUUACUAACGACUUAUGCUGCCAGAGGACAUGAAUACUCAAGCACUGGUACGGCUUUACCAACAGAGAUUAUUUCACGAUUCCAUCAAACGGAAUCCUUAUCUCUAAUACAAAUAGAAUCUAGAUAAUUAAGGUUGUUGCCAUAACCGAAGCGACGCACCAAGUGCAUGCUUCUAUUGUUGCUUGUUUUUGAAGCUCACUGCCAUAUAUUUUUUUUAUGUUUUGUACAUUUUUGUUAGUCAUUUUUUACGUGAUUAUGUGAAAUAAAUUUUUGAAUUAU